AUGAGGAUGUCACGUGUCACAGCAGAGACAGUGAUCUGUCUUGCUAAGGUACCGUACAGUGGUGAGGAUACCGCCCAAAGUUCCCAGUUCCGGCAUUCCCAGCGCUCUCGCCCCACCAUUACGCCCUGGAACGGGGGCGUGGCGGGUGGCCGCCCCAUCGCUCAUCAGCCACAACCUUCGCAUGGCAUCGAGGUUCCAGUCGGCGCCCUGCUAUACGUAUGGUAUCUUGUCCACGACAGGACCUACACCUGCCUCGCCUCCACCUACAACCUGAUCCAUCCCGACGACGAGGCGGGCCCGCGUCCGAAUAUGACAUCGACAGUACCGCGACCUGGCCCCGCGAACCUGGGGCCCAAUUCAGGCCUUGAUGAAUGGCUCGAGGAGGCCAAGCAGUGUCACUACCUGCCCGAGAGGGUCAUGAAGGAGCUAUGCGAGAAGGUCAAGGAGAUUUUGAUGGAGGAGUCCAACAUCCAGCCCGUCUCGACACCCGUCACAGUCUGCGGCGACAUUCACGGCCAAUUCUACGACCUACUCGAGCUCUUCCGCGUGGCGGGCGGCAUGCCAGGCGAAUCCAACGUCCAGGCCCCCAAGACCGCCACGACGGUGAUCACCUCGGACGAUAUCGAGCCGCCGACCGAAAUCACAAACCCCAAAUUGCGCAAGAAGCUACGGUCGUCAGGAGAUCCCCCCGGCGCGACAGACGUCGAGGGCGAGGACGAGGAGCGGCCGCAAACCGCCGACUCUGGCGUGGGCGUCACAUCCUCACAGAGUGCGGACACGCGCUUUGUGUUCCUGGGCGACUUUGUGGACCGCGGCUACUUUAGCUUGGAGACGUUUACGCUGCUCAUGUGCCUCAAGGCAAAAUACCCCGACCGGAUUGUGCUCGUCCGCGGCAACCACGAGUCCAGGCAGAUCACACAAGUCUACGGAUUCUACGAAGAAUGUCAACAAAAGUACGGCAACGCCUCCGUCUGGAAAGCAUGUUGUCACGUGUUCGAUUUCCUGGUGCUGGCGGCCAUUGUGGAUGGGGAAGUACUGUGUGUGCACGGCGGUUUAAGUCCCGAGAUUCGAACGAUUGACCAGAUCCGCGUGGUCGCACGCGCGCAGGAGAUUCCACACGAGGGCGCGUUCUGUGACUUGGUGUGGUCCGAUCCUGAAGAUGUCGAGACGUGGGCUAUCAGCCCGCGCGGCGCAGGGUGGCUGUUUGGCGACCAGGUGGCCAAGGAAUUCAACUAUGUGAACGACCUGAAGCUGAUAGCGAGAGCCCAUCAGUUGGUGAACGAAGGAUACAAGUACCAUUUCCCAGAGAACUCGGUUGUGACCGUUUGGUCGGCGCCCAACUAUUGUUACCGAUGCGGCAACGUCGCGUCCAUCAUGUCUGUCGACAAGGACCUCAGCCCCCGUUUCAGCAUCUUUUCCGCGGUGCCGGACGACCAGCGACACUUGCCGGCAAGUAGGAGAGGGCCGAGCGACUACUUCCUCGCCAUGACAAGAUGGCUCGAUACGUCGCACCCACAGAUCGCGCCCGCAGAUGCCCAUGAGCUACUCAGCACGGCGCCGAAGCGAUUCACAAUUUAUGAGCCCAUGGCCCUUUUACCAGCGGGCAGUUUCCUCAAACACCCAUGGACGUUGCUUUCGCAGGAGGAUCUCUCGAGACUGUGGCCUCUGGUGCUCCAGGAGCUCUCCAAAGCAAACGGCGUCCAGCUGUCUCACCUCGCCAUCACAGAGGGCAUCCCCCUUCACGAGGACGAUGACGCGUCGGAGAAUAUUCUGCGCAGCCCGAUAGGAUUACGGAUGCUUCAUGGGGAUUUCGGGCCCGCGACAUCGCCAGCCACACCAGCACAGGCGGACUACGAAAAGGCACUGUGGGUGUCGACGCGCCAGAACGGCAUCAUCCAAACAUGGGCACCUAGAUGGACCAUGUUCAGUCGAGGCAACGUCAAGGAGAAGGCCCGUUUGCUUGGCUUCCCAAGAGCCGAGAAUGCCGACGAGUGGGCCGUGGACUUGUAUGCCGGGAUCGGAUAUUUCGUCUUCUCCUACGCCUCGCUCGGGUUCAGGGUCCUGGGCUGGGAAUUGAACCCGUGGAGUGUCGAAGGGCUACGAAGGGGCGCCAGAGCCAACCGCUGGAGCGUCAGGAUUGUGCAAGGCCAGGAUCUGCGUCUGCCUCUCGAUGCCAUAUUGGCUGGCAACGAGCAGAUCAUCAUCUUCCUCGAGGACAACCAAAAGGCCCUGGGAAGGAUCCGGCAUAUGCAACAGAGUCUAGGUGCAGCAAAGGACAUUUGCCAUGUCAACGGUGGGUUUCUGCCUACCAGUGAGCCCGUCUGGAAACCAGCGCUGGACAUGACACGCGGGACUGCAGAGACAUGGCUCCAUCUGCACGAAAACGUCGGCGUGAAAGACAUUGGCGCCCGGCAAGCGGAGAUUCAGCAGCGCUGCGAGGACUGGGCCUCCUCAGAGCCGUCCCCGACACGGAGCGCCAGAGCCUCGCACGUCGAGCAAGUCAAGACCUUUGCACCGGGCGUGUGGCAUUGCGUCUUUGAUAUACACAUUACACGCUGA